GCAUCCAAAGCAGAGGACCGUUUAUUUCGGAGGUUAUUCCGAAGGUACAACCAAUUCAUCCGACCAGUGGAAAAUGUGUCUGAUCCGGUCACUGUGGAGUUCGAGGUGUCCAUAUCUCAACUAGUCAAAGUGGAUGAAGUGAAUCAAAUAAUGGAAACCAAUCUGUGGUUGAGACAUGUGUGGAAUGAUUAUAAACUAAGAUGGACACCUGUUGAGUUUGAUGGAAUUGAGUUCAUUCGAGUUCCAUCCAACAAAAUUUGGAGGCCUGACAUUGUUUUAUAUAACAAUGCUGUGGGGGAUUUUCUGGUAGAGGACAAAACCAAAGCCCUGCUGAAAUUUGAUGGCACCAUCACUUGGGUUCCACCGGCUAUCUUUAAAUCCUCCUGCCCAAUGGACAUCACUUACUUCCCUUUUGACUAUCAGAACUGCUCCAUGAAAUUUGGCUCAUGGACCUACGACAAGGCCAAGAUCGACUUGGUGCUCAUUGGCUCAAAGGUGAAUCUUAAGGAUUUCUGGGAAAGUGGAGAAUGGGAAAUCAUUGACGCACCUGGUUACAAGCAUGACAUCAAGUAUAACUGCUGUGAGGAGAUUUACCCAGACAUCACCUACUCUUUCUACAUUCGCCGCCUGCCGCUCUUCUACACCAUCAACCUCAUCAUCCCGUGCCUCCUCAUCUCCUUCCUCACCGUACUGGUCUUCUACCUUCCGUCCGACUGUGGUGAGAAGGUCACCCUAUGUAUCUCCGUCCUGCUCUCUCUCACCGUGUUCCUGCUUGUCAUCACGGAGACCAUUCCUUCCACAUCACUGGUCAUCCCGCUGAUCGGAGAGUACCUCCUCUUCACAAUGAUUUUUGUUACACUCAGCAUUGUCAUCACCGUGUUUGUGUUGAACGUCCACUACCGCACCCCAAUGACUCACACGAUGCCCGAGUGGGUAAGGUCCGUGUUCCUCGGCGUGCUGCCCAGGGUCAUGCUGAUGAGGCGGCCGAUCGACCAAGGCGGGUCGUCGACUGCCAGCGUCACAGCGGGGACGGGAGGCGGAGGGACCAGCGGUGGGAACAAAAAGAGAAAGAACAGUGUAGGAAGUAGUGGAAGUGUGAGUGUUGGAGGUAUCACAGGGGGGGUGGCGUGCCCGCCGCUGGAUGGUGGGGCAGGUGGUGGAGGGGCCUCCUCAUUGGGCAGCUCUAUGAACUGUAUCGAAUAUGGAGAGAUGAACCGUGACAUUAAGCGGGAUAUGAACAGAAGAUGUCCCUACAGAGGAAAGGAGGUCCCAACCCCAGUUCCUCCGCCAAAGGUUGCCCCAUCAUCUCAGGGUCCCCAGAGCCAGAGACCCCCGGAGUCAGAGAUGCCCAAACUGCCAAGGACCUUGAACUCCCCCUCCCAAGUGAAUGCUGUCGUGGCGUUCUCCGUCAUUUCGCCUGAGGUCAAGCAGGCCAUUGAGAGCGUCAAGUACAUCGCUGAGAACAUGAGGACCCGCAACAAAGCCAAAGAGGUGGAAGAUGACUGGAAAUACGUCGCAAUGGUCAUCGACCGGAUCUUCCUCUGGGUGUUUGUGAUGGUGUGUGUACUGGGAACACUAGGCCUCUUCCUUCAGCCGCUCAUCAGCUUUUUUAAAUAA